CGAGGCCCAGUUGUCUCACGGCAGUAAAAGUCGCCAGGUCACUCCUCUGCUCCCUGAUCGUGAGAAGAAAGGAAACCUUUUGGCCGCUGAAGGAGCAGAGAUGGCGCCGGGAGGGAGGAAGGAAGUCUUUAGACUUUUCUUUUUUUCUGACUUUAAAUGGAACCAGAUGCGGUCCUACCGGGCUGGUCUCCAUACUGCCUCUGCCUCAGGAAUGAGUAGUUCGAGGAGCUGACGUCGGAGGUCCCGUGCAGAGAGCUCUCGGUUCUCGCGGAGAGUUUGCAACUUCUCAGUCUGCAUCCGUGAGCGUCCUCAGUCAAUUCCGAUAUUUGUUCUAGCGUCCUUGUUUUAUUUGCUGGAAGUGCGAAGUAUCACGGGACCGACGGACGCUUCAGAUGUUUGAGAAGUUCGGUUUAGUUCGGAACCGCAGCAAGUGAAAUGGAGUUCAACCCUCGGACCGCAGGAAGCUGGCUUCAGCGCCUCUGUGUUCUCACAGAACUUUAGACCCUGAGUCCGUAACCUUCUCAGGACUUCUCUUUGCUCCUCGUCCUGAGAGCGGACCCGGACCCGGACCCGGGAUGCUGCUGUGUGCUCGGGUCUGGUCCCGUCUCUGGCCGCUCCGCCGCAGACCCUGCUCCCUUCCCCUCCUGCUGGUCCCGGCCGUCUGUCUCCUCUACCAUCUGCUGGCGAGCGGCCGGAGCGGUUCUGGACUCGAACGGCCGGCCCCUGGUCCAACAGGACCCCCCGGGGUCUCGGGGUCCAGCCUGGACCGCCUGCUGGAGGAGGUCCAGAGGGACGGAGCAGGACCGCUCGUGGACUGGCUGGACAACCUUGAGAGAGGGAGACGGCAGCAGGUCCUGGGCUCCGGGCCGGUCCGAGCCGUGGUGGUGUUGGGUCAGAACUCGGAGUCGGACACCGAGGUGCAGCUGUACCGCCGGGUGCUGGAGCAGACGGGCUACGACGUCAGCCUGGUGCGCUACGCCGACCGCAGCGUCGGACUCACAACCCAGCAGGGAGCCUGUCUGUGGAGCGUCCUGGCCUGUCUGAGGAGCUCUGAGAAGAGCUGUCUCUGGAGCGUUCCCUUCGGCCGCCUGCAGCCGCACCAGAUGGUGAACCUGAUCCCAGAGCUGUCGGAUGCCUUCUCCGACGCGGGAGCCGGUCGCUGCCGGUUCUCCACGGACCCGCGACUCGCAGGAGUUCAGUUACCCAUGAUGCCGUCUGCCUGCGGCCCCACAAAGACCGCCUCUCCUCCAGAGCCUACACCACUGGUCUCUGGGCCUCCCUCAGCCCCGACCUCCACCGCUGCGUCUCCGGGCCUGCGGGCGGCGGUCCACGUCUACGUCCUGCUCACCUCGGCCGUCUCGCCCACGGCCUUCCUCCACGAGAGGUGCCUGGCCCAGGGGGACGGAGAGCUGUGGGCCCAGACCACCCAGCUCAAGGAGUUCCUCAGCAGGCACCUGGGUCCGGUCCGGUCUGACGAGGCCCUGAUCCAGGUGAGGGUGGUGGUGGGUCAGGUGCUGCGGGCGGCGGUGUGGCCGUCGCCGGACUCUGACCACUCCGGCAGGUGCCUGCUGUGUUACCAGCUGCUGACCUUCACCCUCCACUUCACCGGCACCAUCGUCCCUACGGUCGCCAUGAUCAACAGAGACCUAAGCUUCGCUGGCCUGCAGGAUCCCUUCGACGGCCAAAUCACCAGAGAGACAAUACUGGAGGACACUCUGCACUUCCUGCUGCCAGUGAUGCAUGGACAGGCUGGAGGCUGUGAAGGAGGACCGGCCCGAUGUUUACCAGAGCCCCAACUCCUGCUGAUGCUGCAGUUCCACAGACAGCUGAGAGGAUCCGGACCGUUUGACUUGGUGUAUCCGGGUGGUGUUCCAGAGGGGAGGCUUCUCCCCCACCAGCUCCGUCCGUCCAUCCGGCCGCCUAGAGGUGGUGUGUCCCCCAUCCAGACUCUGCUGCUCCACCUGGUCCAGUUCUACCAUCUCCAGAGGAACCACGGGAACAGCAGCAACCAGACGGAGUCUCUGAGCGACCUGCAGAGGAGCCAGGCCGACAGUCUCCCAGGGAGAGAGCUCUGCGGGGACUUCCAGCUCCGCCAGCUCUACACGGACCCCCCGCUGACCCUGAGCCCCCCCUUCAGCCCCCACCUGAGGGCCUACCGGGCCGAGGUCCCCUUCCACACCCUGGUGGUCCGUGUCCGGCCCCAGCCCGCCAGCGGAGCCUGCCGGGUCCACCUAGACCACCACGGAGGACCCGGGACAGCCCACUACCCCGUGGGACUGGGGGACAGCCGGGUCCAGAUCCUGCUGGUGGACCAGGGGGCGGGGCCGGGGGCGGAGCCUGUCGUCAUGACCACCUACACCCUGCAUCUGUUCCGUGAGGGCCCCCCCAGCCUGCCCCUGUUCGGGAACCACGUCAUGUGCGGCUUCAUCCAGGACUGCGGUCUUGUCCUGCAGCCAGAGAAGCCCUGCGGCCUGGAGCCGGUCUCUGGACCCCCAAGCCUCCAGACCGGAUCUCCGGACUCUCCUAGACCCUGCACCUCUGGGGCCGAACCCGGCCGUUGGGUCGUCCCUUGCCUCAGCUGUGCUGAUAAUCGAACCUGUGAUUGGCGGGAGGUUGCCUGGCGACCGGAUGACUGUUACCACCCCGUGGUCGGACGCCUGCAUCUUCAGGCCUGUCUGUCCGGGAGUAAGCUGCUGUUCAUCGGGGACUCCACCAACCGAGGGAUCAUGUACUUCCUGAUGGAGCGGGUGAACUCCACGCUGCAGGACUGGGAGAAGGCCCACAGAACGCUCCUCUUCGGUCACCUCAACCAGGGCCGCACCCACGUGGGUUACUCCUACUACCCCCAGUUCUGGCUGGAGGAGAGAGCCAGGCCCACCUUCCAGCACGCGCUGGAGCAGCUGCUGACCAGGUCCCGGCCUCUCUCCAACUCCCAGCACACCACCCUGGUGGUGGGGGGCGUCCAGUGGCUCCGGACGCGCCAUCUCCGGACCAUUAAGGAGGUGCUAGAGAGAGGGUCUCUGGAGAACGUCACGGUGGUGAUCAAGACGCUCGGCAUCGGCUUCCAUCUCCCUGCUCACGGCCUCCGGUCACUUAGCCAGCGGGAGAUGCAGGAGCUCCACCGGGAGAACCAGGCCAUCGUGGCGGAGGCACAGAUGCUGGGCUACGAGGUGCUGGACACCUUCCAGAUCACCCAGGGCCGCUACAGGGACUUCCUGCCCGGACACUGCGCCUGCCACUUCCAUAAGGUGGAGAAACGGGUCCAGGCCCCUGGGCCCCUGAGGGCCCGAACCGGCCCCCCCUACGGCUCCAACGGGACCCGGGCCAGCACCGGGCCCCCCAGCGGAACGGGCCCCCAAGCCCCCUCGUACCACGUGGAGGGGCCGGUGAACGCUGUGUACUCUGAGAUCCUGCUGAGCCGGCUCUGUCCCGGGACCCCCCCCUGAGGAGGAAACGCACACCGCUAGGGUUUGGAACCAAGAUGGCCACCAGGGCGGAGCCCAGAUGGCCGCUAGGGUGGAGCCAAGAUGGCCGCUAGGUUUGUCCGGUCCACUUGUCAGCAGCUGAGCAUGAAGAAGUGUAUCCCUGUUUCGUCUCCCCAUUGACUCAACGCUGAGCUACGGCACACCGGCCAAUAGGGAGCUGAGGACCGCACCAUGUGACCCGGCUGUGGGAGGGGGUGGGGUUCAACGCCACGGGGGGAGGGGUCAAACAGCACGAGGCGCGCUGAGACGAGACGCGGUCGCCGUCGACCGGUCCGACUGACCGAAGGCCUGCUCCAUCAUCGGAACGCUUAGAUCCCUAACUGUCCUUUGCACCCGGCUCUGAUUGGACGACUAUACGGAGACUGAGCCUGGUGAGAGGGGGUCAAGGUCAGCGGGCUGACCUCUGAUCCCUGACCCUGAGCUGCUGCUGACGGACUUGUCGUCAUGUACCCGAGAGACAGACUCAUAAGCGUCCAAAAUAUGUGGAGCUUGUUCACCCUCUUAUAACAGUAGAGAUGUUAUUAUGUUCACCACCAAUCAGCCAAGGGGUUUAUGCAGGAAACAUUAUCAAUAUAUUAGAGAGAUUGCUAUGUUGUCUAUAUUUUUCUACAGAUCAUAAUCGUGCCUAUUUUCUUAUAUAUUUGGAGUGUGUGUGUGUGUGUGUGUGUGUGUGUGUGUGUGUGUGUGUGUGUGUGUGUGUGUGUGGGUGUGUGUGUGUGUGUGUGUCGACCACAGAUCUAGCCAAGCUGCCUCACCAUUUUAAAUCAGGGCCAAACCCUUUUGGUUUCAUCUUCUUAUUAAAACAUGUGUAUAUGUAUGUAUGUAUGUAUAUAUAU